AUGUAUUUUAAUAAAGAUAGGAAGGAUAAAGAUGAGAAGGUACCAAAAAAGAGUAGCGUAAUAAACAAUAAUAUGAUGGUCCAGAGAAAUAAGAAGUACAUGAAGAAUAUGAAACAAUCAUCUUAUAAUAUGAAAUAUGUAAAUAAAUUUUAUAAACGUAAUAGUAACAUAUCAACAUUUAAUAAUAAUAAUAAUUUUACGUUUAUGAAUUUUAAUAAUUUAAAAGUUGAAAAUAAAAAUAACCAACAUGGCUAUUUCAAUAGAAAUAUUAAUUUUAAUAAUAACAAUAAAGAUAAUAUACGUUCAAGCAUUUAUAACAAUAAACAAAGUUAUUUUGAUCAGGAUAAUAUAAAUUAUAAUACAUUAAUAAAUUCACAGACAUGUGUAUGUUCUAUACAUAUAGACAAAACAGAUGAUGAUAUUAAUAAACAACAAAAUAUAAUUAAUGAUUUAGUUUUAUAUAAUAAUUUAAAUCAUGAUUCACAACUUAAUUAUCCUACAUUUAUUGAAGAAAUUAAUUUUACAGAUAAUAUUGUUUUAUUGACAGGUAUAUUAAUUCUACCACAUAAUGAUAAAAUAUUUAAUAAUCUUGAGUUUGAAGGAAAAACAAAUCCUCUACCUUCAGAAUGUAAUUUGAGUAUAUAUGUUAAUGUAGUCAAUCAGUAUGAUUAUCAUUAUUUUAAACAGUUAUAUCAAUUAUCUUAUAAUUUUAAAAACAGACUUUUUUUUGCUUCCACAAAUAAUGAUACAAUAGAUUCUUCUCUAUUAAUUGAUAAAAUUAUAAUUAAAGGAAAUUUUAAAAACUUAUCGGUUAUAGUAUUGGGGCAAAUUGAAAAUGUUGCAGAAGCGCUUAGAUAUUUCAAAGAAAAUCUUUACGACAACAACAUUAGAAGUAGUACUAAUGAAGCAACCUUGGAUGUAGAAAAUGUUGAUUUUGAAAAGGACGAAAUUUAUGCCCCACAUAAAAAUGUGGACAUAAAAACUUAUAAUUUGAACAGUUUAAUAAAAGAAAAUUUUAAUUUCAAUAUUCUUACAUAUGAAAGUAAUAUAGAACACAAUUUUAUACAAACGUGUUAUAACAAUACGCAAUUGUACAAAUUGUCAAAUAUGUUAGAAGAACAAUUUAUAUCAAAUAAUGUUCAACAUAUUAGUGACCUUAAGGGGGAAAAAAAUGGUGAGUUGGACAAAAAUGGUGAGUUGGAAAAAAAUGGUGAGUUGGAAAAAAAUGGUGAGUUGGAAAAAAAUGGUGAGUUGGAAAAAAAUGGUGAGUUGGAAAAAAAUGGUGAGUUGGAAAAAAAUGGUGAGUUGGAAAAAAAUGGUGAGUUGGAAAAAAAUGGUGAGUUGGAACAAAAUGAUAAGUUGGAAAAAAAUGAUAAGUUGAACAAAAAUGAUAAGUUGGACAAAAAUAUUUCUGAAAAUAUACAAGAACAAUCCGCAAUAAAUGAACAUAUAUCUAGUGAUAAAGAAAACUCACCAAAGGACCAUAAUAACAACGAUUUAAAAAAAGAAAAAAAAAAAGAAAGUGUCCUUACCAAUACAAGUAUAGAUAACAAUGUCAUAAAUAUUGAUAAUAAUGAGAAGGAGUAUGUAAGUCAUAAUGAAAAUACUGAUAUAGAAAAAAAUCAUACAAUGAAAGAACCAUUUAUACCACCAAGUAACAAAUUAAUCAUACAAUUAUUAAACGAAUUAACUACUAUGUAUAAAAAUGAAAAAGAAAUAUAUAAAAAUAAUAUUCCUAUAUUUAAAAAAAUUAUAAAAUUUGGUGCUAUGUGGAUAUUCUAUAUAUAUAAAAGUAUACAAAAUGAAAAGGAUGGAUUCUUUUUAAACUAUUAUAAGUAUAUGCAAAUUAAAUUACAUGAUAUAUUAGGUGCACUAUUCAUUUUAAGAAGAUGUGCUUUAUAUCCAGAAUUAUUAAACUAUAUAAUACAUCUUAACUUUGUGGAUGAAAAUAAUGACACGCUAUAUGAAAGGUUAUUAGAGUUGUCAUCACAUAGGAAACUGAAAAGAUAUAAUAUUAAAAGGUUGCUGGGUAUAAUUUUAAGCAAAGUUAAACUCUUUGAAGAAAUUAGUAAAUGGGAAGAGAGCAUCAUGAAUAUUAUUACGAAUAGAAAAAUGUAUGAACCUAAUUUGUUUAAUAAGGAAUUAUGUUGUAAACUUAUAUAUGAAUUAAAAAAUGUCCAGAAAGAAUUAUUUCAACAUACAUGUUAUUAUAGUAAAAAUAGCUGUUAUGAUGCUCUUUAUGAAAAUGAAAUUUUUGUUUUUGAUGAAAAAAAUAAUAAGAAAAAUUUCUACAUACAUAAAAUACAUAAUUAUAUUAUUUCAUAUCUAGAAUAUAAACAAUUUUUUAAUCUUUUUUUUUAUAUUUUAAAAGAAUAUGAAAUACAUAUUAAAAAUUCCCUUUUCUUAAAUUCAUAUGAUAUUUGUUUUAUUACAGCUAUGAAUGAUUUUGUGUUUUAUUUCCUGAACUGUUCAGGUGGAAUUAAUAUGUUAAUGAAAUAUAACAUAGCAUUAUAUGAAGUAUUGUAUAAGAACAUAUGUUUAAUAAUAAAUAAAAAAAUGAAAGAAAUAAAUAUGAGUAUAAAUGAGAAAAAAGAAAAUGAAAUGGAUGAAGCAAACAAUAAUGAAGAAAAUUAUUCUGACCAAAAUAAUAUGCCAAAUGAAAAUAUGAAUAUAAUAAAAGAAAACCAUAAUAAUGAUGAUGAUGCUGAUAUGAAUGAUGAGCUUGAUGAUAAUCUUAAUAAUAAUAUGUAUUUCCAAAGUACUAAUAAUAUAAAUAACCCAAUGGAUAAUAAUAUUGAUGAUAUUAUAUAUGACAAUAAUUAUAAUACAAGGAAUGAAGAUAAUGAAUUGACAUGUGUAUAUGACGAUCCUUAUAGCGAAAAUUAUAUUCCCAAUAAUGAAAAUAAAAGUGAUAUUAAUAUUAAUAAUAAUAAUGAUGAUGAUGAUUGUGGUGGUGGUGUUAAUAAUAAUAAUAAUAACUGUUAUUUUUAUAGUGGAAAGGAACCAAAAGAAACUAAUUAUGUAUCAAACAAUGAAGAAAAUAAAAUUAAAGAAAAUAAAUCAUAUUUUUUAAAUUCCAAUGAUACUAGAGAUGAUAAUAAUAUGAAAGGAGAAAAAGAUGCAGUAUAUAAUGUAGAUGAUAUCAAUAUGGAAUUCAUAUAUAAUGAGAAGAAUUUUUUUUAUGAUAAUAUAAAAAGUGUAUAUACAUAUAAUGAUAUAUUAAGAAAUAAAGAUAUAUCUGAUGAAUUAUAUUUAAAUGGAUAUAAUUAUAAAGAUAUGAAGAAUAUACGUAAUUAUUGUUCUUAUAUUCUUUGUUCAUUAAAAAUAUUUUGUAAUACAAAUAUUUUAAUAUAUAACUUUUUUAAUAGUGGAAAAGAAAUAUCUUUAACAUAUAUUAAAUUUUUUAAUGUUUUAUGUAAUUAUCCUUUGUCCAAAUUAGCUAUAUUUAAUAAUAACAACUUUUAUAAUUUCUUUCAUCAUAUUAUAUAUUUAUUUUAUUACUUCAUAUAUUUAGAAAAAAUAUAUGAACAUAACUGGAAAAAAAGAAAUAAGAACAAGAAAAAAAAUAAUGAAACGAAAGAAAAUCAAAGAGAUGAAACACACCAAGAAUUAGAUCCUAAUGAUGAUGAUAAUAAUAUAAAUCAUUUUGCUAAUAAUAUUAAUAUACUUAACACUUCAAAUAAUUCUGAACAAAAUAAUAUACAAAAUAAUAAUAACAGCAAUGAAUUUAUUUUGGUAUCUAUUAGAUAUUUAUUAAAUAUUAUUUAUAAUUUAAUAUUUUAUGAUGACAGUGGUUAUUUUAUAUUUCAUUUUGGUUAUUCUAUAUUUGUGUGUCUAGAAGAAAUUCAACAUAUUACCGGAGAAAUAAAAAAAGAAAAAGAUUAUUCUUAUGGUACCUUAAAUAAUAAAGAACCUAAGAAAAUAUUUUUAAAACAUUACAUUAGUCAUGAUAAAAUGUUUUAUAAAACAUAUUUUGAUUUGUAUUACAAUUUAAGAGGUUUGUAUCUUGAUUUAUAUAAAUAUGAAAAGAAGAAAUUUAAUGAGAUGGAUAAAAAUAAAAAGAAAGAAGCUUACAAGCAUAGUAUAUUUAAUAUAUUAAAUAAAUAUAAUAAAAGUAUUAAUAAAAGAAAUAAUAAUUCUAUAAAUGAAAAUAAUAUAAACCAUGUUGGAGAUAAAAAUCAUGAUUUUGUUGAAAAAAUAAAACAAGACUUAUUUGAUAAUGAAGAUAUGAUUCUCAAUUUAUUUCCUUUAAAAUCAAAAUAUAAUCCAAAUAUUAAAAAAAUAAUUGAAUGUUGUAAAAUAGAUAAAGAUAAAUAUUCUUUAAAAAAAUCUAAAGAAUUAAAUAACUCUAUUAAUAAAUUAAACAAUGAUAUAUAUAUAAACAACUCAACAAGAAAUUGUAUAAUCUUAGGAAAUACCAAUUAUGAAUUUGUAGAAUUAUUAGAAGAAUUGGAUGAUACAUCAACAGAUAAUAAUAUAAAUAAAAAAUUGGACACAUAUCCUUUCUUACCUUUACACUUAUUAUAUUAUUAUAUGAAUUUAUGUUCUAAUGUAAAUUAUUUCGAUAACUUAUAUGACCCUUACAAUGAAUCACAAACAUAUGAAGUUGGCAUGUCAAAUGAAUCAAAUAUGGAAUAUGACGAUGAUAAUAGUAAUGAGGAUGAUACGUAUGAUGAUCAUGAUAAUGAUAAUAAUAAUAUAUAUCAGGAUCAAAACAAAUAUAACAACCAAAAUUAUGACAAUUAUGAUGAGGAUGGUGAAAAUCAAAACAUCCAUCAGCAUAAUGAAGAAAAUAGUUAUAAUAAAAAUGUUUCAAAAAAAAGGAAAUUAUGUGAUUAUCAAAACAAAGAACCUUUUAUUAUUAACAAUGAUGGAUUUUUCUAUAAAGGUUGUGAAUAUCAUAAUUAUAUUUGUAUAAAAAAUAAUAAAUUAGAUGAAGUGAACAAGCCAAUUAAAGAAUAUUCAAAUUUAUACACAUUUUUAGAAAAAGAAAAAAAAAAAAAAAAAAAAAAUUUAUUAACAAGUCAGGUAAAUUAUAAUAAUAUAUAUUAUACAAAUAUAGAUCCAAAUGAAAGAUAUACAGAUAAUAUGUUUUUAAAUUCAAAUUAUAUAAAUAAGUAUGAUAUAGAGAAUGGUGUAAAAAAUAUAGGAUCAGCAUUAUAUAAUGAAAACAAUUUAGAUUUUUUAAUUAAGUUGAUAUCAAAAAGUAUAAUAUUUUUAAAUAUGAAUAUAUUUAAAUUAGCAACAAUGAAUUUUAAUAAAUUCAGUGGAAGGAAUUUAUACAAAAUAUUAAAGUGUCGAUUAAAAACUUUGUUUUUUGUUAAGAGUAUAUUAAAUGUACUCUUUAAUUUUUUUUAUAAUUUAACACAUGAUAAUAAUGAAUUCAUAACAUUAAAAACUUAUAGAAACAAUGAAUUAUUUUAUUCAUUAUUAUAUUUAUUAAAUAAAUUAUUAAGUUUUAGUGAUUGGUUAGGUUCAAAUAAUAUAACUGAAUAUAAUCAUCAUUCAUCUAUAUAUAUAUUAAGAUAUAAUAUAAUAUAUAUAUUAAGGAUAUUUUAUAUAUGGUUUAACAAAACAUCUGAUAAUCAAUCCUUUUUAUUUCGUUCGGUUUUAAAAUAUACUAGACUAAUUCCUUCUUAUAGUAUAUCAGGAAUGUUACUACUACUAACUUUUUUGGAUUUUAAAUAUAUAUUUCCUUCAUAUGUAUAUUCUUUUUAUAUUUCUAAGGAUUUAAAAAAUAUUUGUUUUGAAGGAACCAAAAGUGCAAUCAAUGUAAACGAGGAACAAGACGAGGAGGAAGAAAAUGAAGGGGAGCAAAAUAGAGAGGAUGAAUUUAUUUUAGAAGAUUCAGAAUUAGAUGAUCUGGAUUAUAUUGACGAAGAUGAAGAUGAUAAUAAUGAAGAAAAUGAUGAAGACAAUGAUGAAGACAAUGAUGAAGACAAUCAAGGUGAUCAUAAUGACCAUGAUUUGGAUGAGGAGGAUAUCAAACAUCCAAAGGGUAAAAGAAAAGGCACAAAGAAAAAAGAAUCUAUCAAAAAAACAACAAUUAAUAAAAGAGCUGGAAGGAAAGCAAAAAACAAAGUUGAAGAUGUUAAAAAGGAAGAUAACGAAAAAAUGAGUGAUUAUGAUGAACAGGUUGAAGAAGAAAUAAUCAAAGAAGAAGUAACAAAUGAGUGUGAUAAUAAGAAAGGCAAAAGAGGAAGACGAGCUAGUACCAAGAGUAAAAAAAGUGAAGAUACUCAAAAUUUAAAAGAAGAGACAAUACAUAAUAAUAAUAAUAAUAAUAAUAAUAAGGAAGAUAUACAUUUAGAUAAUAAUCUUAUAGAUGAAGAAAAAAAUAUGGAUUCAAAAAUAAAUGAUAAUAAUAUGUGUAAUACUAUGUAUGAAGAAUCCACUAUUAUAGGCAUGCCUAAUUAUAACAAAUUAGAUAUAUUUAAAAAUAAUUAUGAAACCUUUAUUUUGUAUUCAAAUAUGUUAAAUAAUAAUGACGGAACUGCAUUUUUUAGUGAUGAAGAAGAAGAUAUAGAACUAAAUGAAGAUAAAAAAAAAGAAGCAAAGAAGGAAGAAAUAAACGAAGAAGAUGAUGAACAAAAUGAAUAUAUUAAACAAGAGAAAGAACUAUAUGAGGAAGAAGAAAAAGAAGAUAAUAAAGAUGAUGAAGAAAAACGGAAUCAUAUAGACCACUCGUUAGAAAGACAAUCAGAAUCACAUCAUUUACAAUCACAAGAAGAAAAAGAUGAUUUGUAUUCUCAAAGGGGUAGUGCUUUAAAUAUAUAUGAAAAUAAAGAAUAUAAUUAUUAUGGUUAUAAUAAUAUAUAUAUGGAUAAAAAAAAUGAUUAUUCGAAUAACAUGUUUUUAAGGAAAGAAAAGGAAUUAGAAAAAAUAAUUUUAUAUUAUAAAUUAAAUAAUCCAUUUUAUUUAAAUGAGAAAGGAAACAAUCAAGGUGUAUAUUUAUGUUGUGAUAUAGAUAUCAGAAAACAAAUUAUGAAUGAAAAUUAUUGUAAGCAUUUCCGUGUAUUCAACUUAAAUUAUUCUUCAGAUGAUUAUGAAGAGAUAUUUUUUGAGGAUUAUAAGAAAAGGGGUUUUUAUAUGAGAAAGAAUUAUAUAUCAUUAAUAGGAAAUCUGAGUAUGAAUUUUAAAAAUAUAAAGGAUCGAUUAGAUGUAUUAACAAAUGAGAAAGAGAAAGGUAUUAGUAGUAAUAUUAAUAUUAAUAAUAAUAAUAAUAGUAAUAGUAAUAGUAAUAAUAACAUGAUGAAUUCUUUGGAAGAUAAUAUAUUAAAAAAAAAUUUUAUAGGAAAUAAUUUCAAGGGUAUGUCCUUUUUAACCUCUAAAAGAAUAUUAAAUAAUAAGAAUAAUAAUAAUAUUAGUAGUAAAAAUAGUAUGAACAUAUCUAAUGAUCGUUUAAAUAAUAAUAGUUAUAGAGAAAAUAAAAACAUGUUACGAGAUAAUUUAAAACAUGACGAAUCAACAUUAUUUAAUAUUGAUGAGAGAAAAGGAGAGAAGUUAUUAAAUACAAAUGAUAAUAAUAAGAAUAAUAUAUGUAAGAAAAAAAUAAAAAGAAUAGAAUAUAUUACAAGACCAUGUCCAUAUUCGAUAAAAAAUUUUCUUCAAGUAAAUGAUAUUAAUUAUGAUGAAAAUAAUAAUAGUAAUAUUUUUAAUUGUUAUUAUAACGAAACUAAAGAAGAUGAUCAUGAAGAUGUUAUACUUAAUAAAUUAAGAAGAGAAGAAUAUUUAUAUGACCAACAUAUUAGUUUGAAUUAUUUAAAUGAAGAAGAAAGAACAAAAAUAUGUUUAAUUCGAAAAGAAUUAAAAAAUAAGGAAUAUACAAAUUUUGAAGAUUUUUGUGAUUAUUUAAAUUAUAUAAUACGUAUUAGUAAAAGUAAUAAUAUUAUAGCUAGAUGUUUAAGUGUUCAAUGUUGUGUUGUAUUUAUAAAUCAUAGAAUACCUAUAUUUACCAUAUUAUAUGAUCAUAUAUAUAAAAUCAUAUCAAAAUUAAAAGAAUUUAAUUCUUUAAGUGGAAAUAAUAAAAAGGAUUAUAGAUCUAGUAGUAUAGUUAUGAAUAAAAUUAAUUAUUUCUCUUUCUUCUCAUAUAAUAAUACACAAUUAAAUAAUAUAUAUUAUACAUAUAAUGAAGAAAUAUAUUUACUGAAAGAAUUAUCUAAUAUGUUUUCAUUUCUAUUAGAUAUAAUAAAAAUAUGUUUCUUCAAUAAUUAUAAAAAUAAUUAUAAUAAAUUAAUAAAACUGUUAUAUCUCCCAUCUGAAAAAUUAUUAAUUAUAUUAUAUAAUUUUAUUAAUAAAUUGAAGAAAAUAUUUCCUCAAGAGUUAAUACGUUUUAUAAUAAAAAUAUCGAGUACUAUAUUUCAUGGAUAUACAUAUGUUCUGUUUUUAUUUUUUCAUAAACAUUCAAUAUUUUAUAAUAACACAAGUGAAAACAUGCAAAUUAAUAAAAUGAAUAUAAAUUUAGAGGUUACAAAUAAUAAAAUAAAUAUUAAUAAUAAUAAUAAUAAUAAUAAUAAUAAUAAUGAUGAUGAUGAUAAUUUAAUUUGUGAUGAUCAUUAUUUAUUUUAUCAUAAAGAUGAAUUUUUUAAAGAAAGACAAUAUCUUAAAAGAGUUCAAAAAACAUCAACAAAUGAAUAUGAAGAACGUGCCUGUUAUAAUAAAUUAACAUCUGUUAAUUCAUUACAAUAUAAUGAAAAAGAAUUAUUUUCAUGUCCUAAUUAUAUGAAAUAUAUAAAAUAUUUUAUACAAUAUUAUUUUGAAUUAAUUAAUACAAAAAAUGUAGUUGAUCGAAAUAAUAAAGAAAUACUUUAUAAAUAUACAGAUUAUGUCGAUUUAAAAACAGUGCAAUAUUGUUUAAUAAAUAUAUAUGAAAUAAUAAAAAAUAAAAUCUUUUAUUUCUUUACAUUCUUUAAAGUAGAAAAAAAUUUAAUAAAUCUAUUUUUUACAUAUAUACAUAAUUAUAAAGACCACAGAAAAAAAAUACCAUGCAUAUUUUAUAAAGCACGAGGAAAAAAUAUAAUCAUAAAUACGAACAAUAAUAAAGAAAAAAAUAAUAAUAAAGAAAAAAAUAAUAAUAUUGAUCAUAAUAAUAAUGAUGUGAUAUAUGAUCAUAAUAACAAUGAAGAAAUACAUAACCAUAUAAAAUAUUAUAAUGAUGAUAUAAUUUUUUUUCAUGUAUACGAUUUUUCUAUACGUUUAAACAAGCACAUUAAUAUUGCAAAUUUAUUAGACUUUUUUUCUUUUUACUUUGAUAUAAUAGAAGAAACCAAUUAUAAAAUUAUUGAAUUAUAUGAAUAUGCAUAUAUAAUAGAUAUUAUAUUAAAUAUAAUUAUAACAAUAAUAAAUUAUAAUUACAAUUCUAUUUUUAUUCUUUUCCAGUUAGUUCAUACAGAAUUUCCACCUGUUCUUUUGAAAUAUAUAAAAAAAGAAAUAAAACGGGUUCACACAAAUAAAGGAAUAGGAACAAAAAUUAAUGUUCAAAAUCAAAAAGUAGAGUUUAAAGGAAGCAACUGUGAUAUGUCAACAAAUAAAAUAUCUCAAAUGGAUUCAAGGAACACAACAAAUACUACAACUGAUUAUAGUAAUGGUCAUAAUAAAAAGCAUGUCAAAUUUUUAGAAGACUUUAAAAAAGAAUUUUUAAAUAAUGUUUUGAAUAGUUUAAAUAAUUUGUAUGAUUUUAUAGUAAAUAAGAUGGACAGGAAAUUGGCAAACAAUAAUGGAGUUUCUGAGGAUCCAUCUUUUGUUGAAAGGGAUGAAAAUAAAAAUGAAGAACAUACAAAUGAAGAACAUACAAAUGAAGGAAAUACAAAUGAAGGAAAUACAAAUGAAGGAAAUACAAAUGAAGGAAAUACAAAUGAAGAACAUACAAAUGAAAAAGAUACAAAUGAAGAAAAUACAAAUGAAGGAAAUACAAAUGAAGAACAUACAAAUAUAAAAGAUAUAUAUGAAAAAGUUAUAAAUGAAGACAAUUUAAAUAAUGAUAAUCAUGAUAAUAAUAAUAAUUACUAUGACGACUUUCAUAUUAACAUGAACUGUUCAUUAGAUAUAUUAUCAAAAUAUAUUUUAAAUAUGAUAAAAAAAUUAACAUUAAUCAAAGAUGCCGCCGUUCUGCAUCUAGACAUCUGUUUCGUUCCAUACAUUAGUUUUAAAGAUUUCCUUAUGUUCGCUUCAUAUAAUUUAAAUGAAUUAAAUAAUUUGUAUUCUAGAGAAAGGAUGAAAAAACAUGCAGAAAUACAUAACAACGAAAUGAUUCAUUUGUUUGAUGAACAGGGACCCCCCUCCAAAAAAAAAAAAAAAAUUGAAAAUAUUGAUACAGAUAAUGAAAUGAACAAAGAUAUUUUUUAUGAUGAUGUAAACAUGAAUAAUCUUAAUAAGAUAAAUAAUGAAGAAAAUGAAAACACAACUGUUGAUACUUUUAUAUGUAAUAACGAUUUUAAAAAUAAUGAUUAUAAUAUUUUUAAUAUAUGUUGUAAUAAUAAUAAAAAGGGAUAUUUAUUUUUCUUCCAUAAUAUGUUUAAUAAUUUAAAUUUGAUGAUUAAUAAUAGAUACUUAUAUAAUAAAAUGGUUGAUGUAUUUUUUUCCAAGAAUAUAUUAAAUAAAAUUAUGAAAGGAUAUGAAUCACAUCAACAUUUAGAUAAUAAUUAUUUAUUAACAAUAAAAAAUAUUAAUUCAAAUAAUAUAAUCCCAUCAGUAAAUAAGAAAUUAUAUGAUUAUUGUUCUCAUUUUUUUUCAGAUAUUCAAUCUAAAAUAUAUUUAAAUGAAAAUGACGAAGACAUUAAAAGUUUCACUGUAUUUAAUAUAGGUCAAGAUAAUAAAACAAAAGAAAUUGAUGAAAAUCAUAUAUUAUAUAAUUAUAUAAAAAUUUUAAAAGAUAUAGAAGAAAAUCAAAAACUAGAAAAGAAAAAAGUAAAAUUCAGUAAUUUAAAAAAUAUAAAUACAAAAGGUAAACAAUAUAAAAAGUCAGAUAAAAAUACAUUUGAAGAUCCAUUUAGAAAUAGAAAAACAGUAUCAUCAAGAGCACCUUCAAAACAUGUUGAUGAUUAUGAAGCAUCUAAUAUAAUGCAAAAUAAUACUUCCUCAGUUAAUGUUGAAGAAAAAACAAAUGUUCAUAAUAAUAAUAAUAAUAAUAUAAAAGUUUUAACAAAUAAUAUUACAAAUGAACAAAAGGAAGCUAAUUAUUUAUUAUUAAAUAAAAAUAAAAAUGAUAAUAUAAAUAGCACUCAUGAAGAAAAUCCUAACAUAACAAAUUUUAUGACAAACGAAUUAGAUAAUUCAAAAAUUUUAAAUAAUAAAACUUUAUCAAACGGAUUAAAUAAUACUUAUCAUAAUGAAGAAAUUUAUAAUAAAAAUGAAAAUAAUUAUGAUGAUAAUGAUGAUAAUUACUAUAAUUAUCAAGAUGGAGAAAAUGAAUAUGAUAAUUAUGAUGAUGUUUAUAAUAAUAAUUAUAAUUAUUAUGAUGAUGAUGAUGAUAAUUUUCAAGAGGGAGAAGAUCAAUAUAAUAAUUAUGAUCAAAAUAAUUCAAAUUAUAUGAUGAAUAAAAAUGUGGAAAGUAUAAAUGGAAAUAUUUAUUCAUAUAACUCCGAAAAUAAUAAUAUAUCUGGCAAACAAAUAAAUAAUAUAAAAAACCACAACAAUAAUAAUGAUAAUCAUAUGGAUAAUCAUAUUAAUAAGGAUCAAGGUUAUCAAACAAAUAUAUAUGAAAACAACCAAACAUAUAAUAAUAAUAAUAAUAUAGAAACAAAAACAAACAAUGAAUCAAAUUCACAAAAUAAAAAUAAUCAAUAUGAAGAUUGUACAUGUUAUCAAUUUAAUUUAUUGGGAUGGAAAGAAUUUUCAGAAGAUGGUCAUAAAAAUGAUCUAGAUGUAUGCAAAAUUGUUAAUAAACCUUUCUUGUUAAGAGAUCCACGAAUAAAAAUGAAAUUUCUAAAAAUAUUAGAGAGACACAAUAAUAUUAAAGAUAUCUUCAAAAAAUUAGGAGUUGAUAUAAAAUGA